AUGGUGCCCAUAUGCUUCGACACCCGUCCUAUCAGGCGAGUCCCACACAGUGAGCACAUCGCAAGGGGCAAGAACUCUUCUGCAUCUCUCCUUGCCAACAGUGACGCCGAGCUAGAGCCACUCGAUUGCAUGCUCCCGCCCAUUCCAAAUCUAGAGGUUCUGCUGCUGCGGAAAAAGGCAGAUGUGGGGUUCAGGUGGAAGCAGCUGCAGGAGAAGGGAGAUGAGGAGCUCGGGUUAUCAGCUAUCCCUUUAAAUCAGUUUGGAACUCCAACCACCUGCGGGUGUUCCAGGAUGAAUCGAUUCCAUGGCGUGUGCUGCUUACUCCUUGUCACCUUCCUGUGCUGUGUUGCUCUUUCCGAAGGCGAUCACCGGAGCGUUCUAUGGCGCGGCGACUCCAUCGCCGUGGAGGACGCCGCCGGCCACGUCCUCGUGUCGCCGAGCGGCGACUUCUCGUGCGGCUUCCACAAGGUGGCGACCAACGCCUACACGUUCACCGUCUGGUUCACCGCGUCCGCCGACGCCACCGUCGCGUGGACGGCCAACCGCGACGCCCCCGUGAACGGCGUCGGCUCGCGUGCCGAGCUCCGCAAGGACGGGUCGCUGGUGCUGCAGGACUACGACGGCCGCGUCGUGUGGAGCACCAACACCAGCGGCACGCCGGCCGACCGCGCGCAGCUCCUCGACACCGGUAACCUCGUCGUCGCCGACGCCGCCGGCAACCGGCUGUGGCAGAGCUUCGACUGGCCAACGGACACGCUUCUCGCCGGGCAGCCCGUCACGCGGUACAAGCAGCUGGUGUCGUCCGCGGUGAAGGGCUUGCCGUACUCCGGCUACUACAAAUUCUACUUCGACAGCAACAACAUCCUCAACCUCAUGUACGACGGGCCGGAGAUCAGCAGCAACUACUGGCCGGACCCCUUCAACAAGUGGUGGGACAACAACCGGACGUGCGACGUCCACGGCGUGUGCGGCCGCUACGGCAUCUGCGCGUACCACCGCGGCCCGUCGUGCUCCUGCCCCGACGGUUACGUGCCCCACGACAGCGGCGACUGGAGCAAGGGGUGCCGCCGCACGUUCGACGUCCGCUGCGGCGAGGACGUCGGCUUCGCAGUCAUGCGGCACACCGACUACUGGGGCUUCGACCUCAACUACACCUCCGUGCUCUCGUUCGACGCGUGCCGGCGGCUCUGCCUCGCCGACUGCCGCUGCGAGGCCUUCGGCUACCGGCAGGGCACCGGCGAGUGCUACCCCAAGAUCGCUCUCUGGAACGGCCGGAUUAUGAGCAUUCCCUACCAGACCAUCUACCUCAAGAUCCCAACGCGUGUCAAGAACCUGAACCCGUCCUUGCUGCACUUCGAUGGCCACGCCUGCACCGUGGACGAACGGAACGCUAGCGUCAACGGCUCGUACCAGCUUCAUGGCAGGAGCAACGGGAUAAACUUCAUCUACUUCUACUGCUUCCUCGCGGUCGUGUUCGCCAUGGAAGCCAUUUUCGUGGUCGUCGGCUACCUGUUCGUCUUUCGAGCCGAUUCGGUGGCGGCAGGACGGGCCCAUGACGAAGGGUACAACUUGGUGUUCAGCCAUUUCAGGAGGUUCACCUACGACGAGCUAUCAGACGCGACGUGCGGGUUUACAGACGAGCUUGCCAAGGGCGCGACGGGGUCCGUGUACAAGGGCGUCCUGGACGACGGCCGGAGCAUCGCCGUGAAGCGGCUGGAUGAGCUGACGCAGGCCGACGAGGUGUUCCGGUCGGAGCUGAGCGUGAUAGGCCGGAUCAACCACAUGAACCUCGUCAGGAUAUGGGGCUUCUGCUCGGAACACCCGCACCGGCUCAUCGUCUCCGAGUACGUCGAGAACGGCUCGCUCGACAGGGCCCUCUUCGGCGACGACGGCGAGGGCUCCGGGGUGGCGCUAGCGUGGCGGUCGAGGUACAAGAUCGCCGUCGGCGUGGCGAAGGCGCUGGCUUACCUCCACCACGAGUGCCUAGAGUGGAUCGUGCACUGCGACGUGAAGCCGGAGAACAUACUGCUCGACGGCGACCUGGAGCCCAAGGUGACGGACUUCGGCCUCGUCAAGCUGCUGAGCCGCGACGCCGGCAGCCACCUAGCGCUGUCCCGCGUGCACGGCACCAGGGGCUACAUUGCGCCGGAGUGCUGGACGGCGGGCCGCUCCAUCACCGGCAAAGCCGACGUGUACAGCUUCGGUGUCGUGCUGCUGGAGCUCCUCAGGGGGGAGAGGGUCUGCGACUGGGUGGCGGCGGACGACGGAGCCGGGGAUCUCCAGCGUUUGGCCGCAUUGCUCAAGGAGAAGCUGAAGCGUGACGACGACGAGCUGCCGACGUGGCUGGAGGAGCUCGUGGAUGCACGGCUGCGCGGUGACUUCAACCGUGUGCAGGCAGCCGCGAUGCUGGAGCUGGCGGUGUCGUGCGUCGACGGCGAGCCCAGCAGGAGGCCAAGCAUGGACGCGGUUGUUCGGAAGGUCAUCUCGUUGGACGACAGAACUUCUUUACACUGUGCUGGCUAG